AUUUGGUUUAUUUUCAUGGUUAUAAUUGUAUUUCUCGAUGAUUCUACUAUGUUGUACUCAGAGAGAUUCAUGGGAAGAGAGCGGAAGCGACUCCCGUUCACGCUCUUGCUGUGCUGCAGGUCUCAUAUUGGUUGAUUCUCAUGAGAAGCGGUGAACAAUUGAGAAAAACUUGAUGGGGUUUCAAAUGAACUCUGGGAACAUUUUAGAGGCAAGGGGAAAUCAUGAGUCGGGUCCUCAGAGCGACUACUCGAAUGAAAGAGCGGUGAAGUAAACCCCAUGAUCAUAGGACCAGGACAGCCAAGCUGAAAAUAACUGCUAAACAAUAGGAGGCAAACGUGAACAGCGGGAUUCAGUAAUCCCUCCCUCAAAGACAAAAGUCUCGGGGGCUUCGUGUCAAGGGGAAUCUGUCAGGUUGGAAAAUAAAUGAGAACCACCACGUGGGGUGACCGGGAAUUCGGCACGGAGAAAACUGGGCUGACAAAAGUUUCGAAAUGACGGCUGCCUACACCGAUGAGAGAUGCAGCAAAUAGAUAAUCAGAAAUAUAUGAAGGUUUGCCCAAAAUGACGAUCAGGCUCUCGAGAAAUGGCGAUAAACGGCCCAAAGUGGUGAUAUCAAAGCUGCGCCAGCAUGAAACUUGGCAGCUAGCCUAGAGGCAUAUCAAGAACCCCACGACCAUGCGCGCUACGGCGGGAGACCGCUUCAAGCAUUCCGCUGGUCAUGCUGUACUCAGCUCCACCCCUUGCACAGCCGCCUCACGGAGCAAGGCCAUCGUCGAGUCCACAGACCCCGUCUCUCCGUCUGCCAACACAGCACAGCUUAGGCAAACCAUCCGGCUGACAGCCCCGCAAGCUCCCACCUAUCACCGCCCCCUCCCCGAUCCGAUCCGAAGAGCGAUGACCGAAUCCCCCAAUCCGGCCAUCCGCCCCAAGGCACCCCCGCGAGCCGCACCCCCAUUAUGCGCCCCAUGCAACGCAGACGCCGUGCUCGCGCGGCCAAACGGCCCCCUCCGGCCCCCAUUACCACGUGGCCCGAAAUACCCUUCCGCAGUAGGCGCAGUACAACCAACACCCUACAAAACCAAGCCCCUCCUUCCAUCCUCCCCCCCAGUGCACAACACCGCUGCCUCCCCCCGGCCGAGGGGCCGAUCGCUCGCACCUGACUACUUCUUGCUGCUGCCCGACCAACUCCUGGAGCCCCUGCCCCCCACCGGGCUGGCUGCGGUAUUUUUGGCGGCUGCGUUCCCGGUUCCAUGCAGUUGCCUUGGCCUGCACUCAUGCAGCCGGGCUGCACGUCCUGCAGAUUACGCGCGCCGGCCGAGGCAGAAGUGCGUGCGUAGUCGCAACGUUCGAAGCAGCGCGGUGGGCGCGAGCGACGGGGGAUCACGCGUCGGGGCCGGCUAAUGUGAUGUGCUGUGCUGUGAGGUAUACUAUGGUAGAGAGCUCGUGGGAGUUACAGCGGCUGGGUGCCCAAUGUCGCACCAGGGAGGCGGUCUGCCAAUCGGAGGGCGCGGCACCAGAGGGCAUGUGGUUACCGUGACGUGCAGUAGGAGGUAAGCGUUUGGGGCGAGGUGGAUGUGGAGGAUCGUCGGGUGAGGGGAGCGGAGGAGGAGGUUGUUCAGCCUUUUUUCGCCUCGUCUCUAGAGAUGUAUUUCCAGUUGUGAUACUCAUACUUGCCAUGGCGGCAAAUAUGGAUGAAGAGUACCGGAUACGCUUGCGGUAUCACUAGAAAGCAGCUUGGAGAGCUUAGAAUCGUCAAGAACGGCGACAGAUGCGCCAUGACGGCUAAGGGCAUCUUAAAAGCUUGACUAACGCUUAAGGUCUAGAAGCUUCUAGUUCUCCUACAAUGAUAUUUGCCAGCUUACCCCUCUCCUCCGCCUCUACAAUGUCUCUUGGUCAAGAGGCGUUCGGCCAACCCCUAAGUUGGCCUUGUAUAUCCUUUGUGUGCGGCUUGCCUUUCCUAGGAGAUGGUCGACUCUCGAGAGGCUCUUUGUGUCAUACUGACAUUCGUUGCACUCAGUUUGCUAUCAAACUCAAGAGCAAACUUGGAAAUCUCCUCCUCAAACCUACAAGUCACUAUACAUAUUUUGGCUUAUCACACCAACAACAAGAGCAAUACUACUCAACGAUUGCUACAAC